AUGGCGCCUAUCGAUGCUGCAUUUCCAUGCUCACUGGUCAUCCAUAUUCCAUUUCCGACGCAUCGUCUGGCUAAGACAGCUAUUGGUACUCUAGCUGUGGACGAAGAAUUAUCUUCCCUGGUCAAUCGAUCCUUCAGUCUUGUGUCAGCAGACCCAAUCGACUUGGCCAAAACUCAGAGGGAUGUAUCAGAAAUCUCUCUGAAUGGAAAUACUGUUCUUUCUGAACCUGCUCAGACUCUGAAUGUCGUGCCCCCAGCACACAAGGCUUCGAGUGAAUCUCAUGCACUCGAUACAACAAGUAACGACGACGAGAGCAAGAUCGUGCUCAGAGUUGACUACAAGGCCACGACGAACCGCAUGCUGCGUGUGGCAGUCAACGGCUUCUUCGAGUCACUAGGUGUGGUAACUCAGGUCAUGGAGGAGCUCGAUGUCGAUGUGCUGCAAAGCCAGACUCUCGAGGAUCUGGGAGGAGUGCAAGGAGUAGAGCAGGGCAUGACUGGAACGACGAUCACUGGAGCUUGA